AUGCCGGCCCCGGCCCCGCCGCCCCCCGCCCGGCCCGGCCAGGCUUUCACGAUCGCGGCGCUACUGGGACGCGCCUCCCCCCCUCCCCCGCCGCCGCCCCCGCCGCCGUUCUGGGGGCCCCCCCCGGCUCCCGGCCCCGCCGCCGCCCGGGUCCUGCUGCCGCCGCCGCCGCCGCCCGCCGCCCCCCGGCCCCGCUGCACCGGCUGCUGCGGGGUCCCGCCCGCCUGGGCCGCCCGGCUGGGGGCAACAGGCUUCCUGAUCUCCAAGUGCUGCUUCCCCAUCUUCAAGGCCAAGAUCGGCAAAGCCAAGCGAGUCCGGACCAUCUUCACCAGUGACCAGCUGGCCCGUCUGGAGAAGGAGUUUGCACGGCAGCAGUACAUGGUGGGCACGGAGAGGUGCCUGCUCGCCUCUUCCCUGCACCUCACUGAAGAGCAGGUGAAAGUCUGGUUCCAAAACCGGAGGAUCAAGUGGAGGAAACAAAGCCUGGAACAGCAACAAGCCAAACUGGCCAAAAUGGGUUUGGCCACCCCUCAGAGGAGCCCUGACUCACAGACCCACCACGGUGAGGAGGACAAGGACUUCCCAGUGGAGUUGGAGGGUGGCCAGGAGGACACGGUCUCCUCCCCAGGCUCAGGGGCAGCACCUGCACAGACUGUGGCAAAGCGCUGCUGA